AUGGAAUUGGAAUCGACUUUGUGCCAUGCGUUGUUCGCAGUAAAUGCUGUGUGGGAAGAGCGUGUCGGUGGCCUACUCGUAGACGCGAUCAACCUCCAGUCCUCGCGGGAUGCUGCUGCCGUCUGGGCUUAUGACCUGGUCAUGCGCGAGGACGUCACCGAAGGCUUCCGAGACCUGGUGGUGGCGGCCCUCCAGAUGGAUGCGGUGGUGGAGGAGGCGCAGCAACUGGCGGUGCAGGUGGUGAACCGAGUCCUUUCGGACGAAGGCACCAUUUUGGAGGCCAAGAAGGUGCUCCGAGACGCCUUGGAAGACCAGGAGUUGCGCAACUCUGCCAAGGAGUCGCUUUGGAGCAUCGUGAUCCCCUGGGGCUCCAGCCCCGACGAGGUCAAACGUGCAGUGCGGUUAGCAGAGGCCAGGGUGAACAUCGGCAUGCCACUUUAUGCCACUUAUGCAGCCUCCUCCUGGCGUUUACUGCUCUGCAUUGUCACACAGGAGCUGGCCUCCCUCCCUGCCCUCAAUGACGACGAGCGCGCGAGCCUUCGGUUGGUCCUUGCAGAUGAGGCUCAGAGCCGAGGGAAGGAAGGGUGCUCGAGCAGAGAAGAGGACAUCGCUUGUGACGUCGCCCCCUCCUUGCAUGGGGCGAUUUGCGACUGCGAUCCACCCCCGAGGACCGCUCCGCCUCAAGCGGCCUCGGGGGUCUCACAGGCCAAAGAAGCCUCGCAGGUUCCCGAGGAAACGAAGGAGAAGCAGGUGCGGCCGCUUGAACUGACGACGCAGCCGCUCAAGGCACUGAAGGCACCAGAGGCUCCUUCAGGCGAAGACACCUCGCCAAAGGCAUCGGAAAAGGAUAGGCGGACAGGACAGCUGACGUUGCUCUGCCAGCACGGGAUGAAGCCAGUGACUCUCCGAGCAAUGCUGGCGGAACGAAAUGACGAUGACUUCGACAUGCUUGAAAGGCGAUUUGAGCAAAAGUACGAGGUCACUGAGCCAAAGGUUCUCGGAGAAGGAACCUACGGCAAGGUUUACAAGGCCGUCAGCCGCAUCAGCAACCAGGUAGUUGCAAUCAAGAGGAUCAAGCUCAACCCCGAUGAUGAUGAGGGUGUACCGAGUACUGCGCUGCGCGAGGUGGCCGUACUGAAGGAGCUGGACAGUGAGUAUGUGGUGAAGCUGUUUGAGGUGUUCUGCUCUCCGAGCAAGCUCGUGCUCGUUUUCGAACUCAUGGAGAACGAUCUUAGAAAGUACAUGAAGCAAGUGGGAGGAAAGAUUCCCUCGCAUCAUGUGAAGAGCCUCUGCUGGCAGAUGGUGAAAGGUCUAGAGAUUUGCCACGCCAACCGCAUCAUACAUCGCGACAUCAAGCCUCAGAACCUCUUGAUCGAUGCGAACCACAGAUUGAAGUUAGCGGACUUUGGCCUUGCUCGGGCCUUCAUGGUUCCUAUACCAAAGUACACCCACGAGGUCGUCACGGUCUGGUACCGCGCCCCGGAGAUCCUCCUGGGCUCGGGCGCCUACAGCAUCGCCAUUGACAUGUGGGCUGUGGGUUGCGUUUUCGCCGAGAUGGCGACCGGUGGUCCCUUGUUUCAGGGAGACUCUGAGAUUGAUACGAUCUUCAAGAUCUUCCAGAAGCUGGGCACACCGAAUGAGAUGACUUGGCCUGGAGUUCAGGAUCUUCCAAAUUUCAAACCAAGCUUUCCUCAAUGGAGACACAAGGGCUGGGCAAACAUCCGCCAAGGCAAGACAAAGGAGAAGGUUGGUGAGUGUGGUAUUGAUCUUCUGGAGAAAUUCCUGGCCUAUGCCCCCAAGCAGCGACUGAGUGCGCGCAAAGGGCUUCAGCACCCGUACCUGGCAGAUGCCGGGCCUUAA